UUGCAACAGCUGGAGGCACCCUGCUUGGGAAACACUGACCCAUGAUAUUUCGGGGCACACCACAAUCCUCCUUCCUGCUCGCUUUGAAUCUCCCUCCCAUCCGUAGCCUUUCCAAGGCGUUCACACACAGUGCUGAAGUCACCGCCAUGUGACCUGUGACGUCAGCUCCUUCUAGAGGAUAGGAACCAGCCGCUACCCUUCCACAUCCGCUGGAGCCCUGGUUUGUACUUCCGGAGCUCCGGAGGAUCCGGGACCCACCCUGAGCGCAGGAGAGUAAGCUGCUCCCCCCCCCUCUCCUGUUGCUACUUGACUGAACCCCAUACCGUCUGACAGAUCACCUCCAGAAGACACUUUAUGGUACAAGAGGAUAUGACCACGUUUAAUCUCCAUCCUGCACACUAGCACCCUCCUAACUCCGUUGUGACGUAGUGUGUGAGCGGUUUGCCUUGCUGGGCCCAUGAGGGAAUAUAAAGUGGUGGUGUUGGGCAGCGGAGGGGUUGGAAAAUCGGCCCUGACUGUACAGUUUGUGACGGGCACCUUCAUUGAGAAGUAUGACCCCACCAUUGAGGAUUUCUACCGCAAAGAGAUCGAAGUGGACUCUUCACCGUCUGUGUUGGAGAUCCUGGACACAGCUGGCACAGAGCAGUUUGCCUCCAUGAGGGAUUUGUACAUUAAGAAUGGGCAGGGCUUCAUCUUGGUGUAUAGCUUGGUGAAUCAGCAGUCAUUCCAGGAUAUAAAGCCGAUGCGGGACCAGAUAGUCAGAGUCAAGAGAUACGAAAAAGUCCCUCUUAUUUUAGUCGGGAACAAGGUUGACCUGGAAUCUGAGCGAGAAGUUAUGUCUACAGAAGGCCGCUCUCUGGCUCAAGAGUGGGGCUGUCCAUUUAUGGAGACAUCCGCCAAGAGCAAGACAAUGGUGGACGAACUGUUUGCUGAGAUCGUCAGGCAGAUGAACUAUGCCUCUUUGCCUGAGAAACAGGAUCAGUGUUGUACAACGUGCACUGUUCAAUGAGAAGCUCAGAGGGACCUCACACAUGGCCAUAAGGAGCAGAUAACUCAGAGGAAAUUUGCACAGCUUCGGCUUUGAAGACUUUACAGCCCAGGUUGCAGUUCUGAGCCUUGAUAACCCUGUCUGCACAACAGCACAUUUGCCAUACCAGUCAUGGAGCGCUCAGAGAUGGCGUGCAGCUCGCACGCUCACUCGCCAUCAGCAGCUGUGCUUAGCACGUUUACUAUAAGUUAAAAGAAAAACUACUUCUUUUCCUUUUCUAGUCUCCUAAGUUCCUAUUAACAGCUAAUAUGCAACAGUUCAGUCAUGUUUUUAUUUUUUUUUAAUUGGUAUAGUUAAUCCUUUUCUGCAACUUUGUAUUUAUUAAAAAACUCAGUAUUACCUACUUAAUGCCUUUUUUAAAAAGAUGGUUUUAACAGAGGAUAACUUUGAGCCUUAACGUGAAUGGUUAAUGUUACCUCGAGUCUGCUUUUCACCCCUUCAGUGCCAGCGGACCGGCAGUGGCAUAAGCCAUUUGUUGCCAGCCCCUCUUGCAUUGAAGGUGUUCAUACACUUGAUUUUUUAUUUCCUGACAUUGGGUUGUAUAUGCUUUUUGAGAUUAUGUUUACGACUUUCACGGUAUCAAGUGAAGCUGCUUGAAAUGACAUUGGAGAUGACCUUUCAGGGUAUUUGUUUAAUUUUUUAAUAAAUGCCUAUUGGAUCGUGUGUGUGUUAGAAGCCAAGAAAAUGGAUGAACAAAGCCCUUACUGUAGCCUCUUGGUUGUAUCAUCAGAUGGUUUUAACAAAAAGUGGUUGGCGCCUCCUAAAAUAGCUGCCAAAUGCCAUGUGUCAAAAAUACUUACCUGAGGGAUGUGGGCUUGUGCGGGUCCGGUGUGGAAACCCAGUGGUUAGGACUCAAAUGUAUCCUAUUUUUGUUUUCCCCAAAUCCAUUUUUAUAAUUAAUAAUGAUUUAGUAUUGGGUUAUUAACCUCUUGUGUGUCUCUAAUAUUACCCAGCUUCAGGCAUCUUUUUUUCUACUGUCUUCCCACCUGUGCACAUACAAAUCUAAUACAAAUAAAAUGAUUUUAUGUUUUCUAGUUCAUUAUAGUUGUGUUUUUGAAUACACUUAAUUUUUUUUUUUUACUCGCAUCUGUUUCUUUCUGCUGUUGUUUUUUUGUUUUUUUCACACACUCCUGACCCAAGUUACACACAGUGUAAACUGGUCAUAAUUUACCCCAGAGAUUAGCCAAAUGUGCUUUAUACAGCCAAAGCCUUUCAUGGUGUUUAUACCUGAUUAUUUAGUUUUUUCUUUGCAUGCUUUUUUUUUUUUUUUUUAAAUAAAUGUCAGACUACUUGAACAUGAAACCUCCAAUUGACGUUAGAAACUUUUCAUUUUAAUUUUGUCCUUGAUUAUGUAGCGGUUACUUGAGGUUGUUGUUGUUUUUUCCUCUCAUUCUGUAUAAUCCAGCCAAUUUAGAUUUUAUUUUUUUUUCCAAAACGGUUAAUUGCCAUAGAAGAGCUAACCUAGCUUGUUGGUGAAUAAUAAAGCAAGGGUACUGCACAGCUUAACCUUUGUUGACAUUAGUGUCAUGGCUUCCAAAAAAAACGACAAUGAUUUUGAAUCCGUUUUUUUAAUAAACACAGUCCUGAUAGAUCCAGUUGAUUUAAAUGGGGUCCUUUUGGGGGUUCUGGUAUUUUUUCAUGGCAAGUAUAAUGUUAGACUGGAAAAGGGCCUUAUCCUGAGACUUCACAUGUGUUAACUACAGUUCUUGUACCCCCAUAUAAGGCACUGACAGCAAUAUUGGAUCCCCUGUAAUAUGGACACACAAAAAAAUGCAGCUGUGAUAUGUGCGGACCCUACAAUGAACAUUACUGUCUGUUGCCUUCAUUUUUAAUAUAACACAGAAAAUGUAUUUGUACUUGCAGAGGGCAUUGGCUUACAUUAGCAUUACAUACUGUUCAAUUAGUUUAUAAAUCAUGCAUUAGAUUACCUUUUUUUUUUUAUAACUUUUUUCACUGUAAAAGAACAUUACUGCUACAAAAACUGGUAUUCACGAGUUUAGAAGUGUUCAGAUUUUCCCAUUUUAUUAGAAUACAUUUUUUUUUUUAUAACCAGACAGACAUGCUGAGUGAGGAGCUCUUAUUGUAAUCUAUGACCAUAUUUUUUUUUUUUUUGUCGAACAAAAACGGUACAUAAUUAAUGCCUCUCCAAAAGUUGCUAAAAGCCAGGUUUUGGUACUUAUCCAUUACCUAAAAUUGUGUUGCAAUAUAGGUUCUCAACCAGUGUAGUGUUCGCUUUCCUGUCACGUUUUGGUCUUUAUUGGAGGUUUGUGAGUAGCCUACACUUUACAUUCACGCAGAAAAAGAAAAACACAUUCCCUAGUAGUCUAAAGUAUAUGGACUAGUCACAGACAUAGCAUGAAAUAAGCUAAUAACUACUGCUGAAACGCCAUUGAUAGUCUAAAUCUGUGGGGAAGCCAAGCAGUAUUGGUUUACGUUCUUAGAAGCAUCACCACUUGGGCAGUGAAACGUGACAACAGCCCUUUUUAACUGGGAUCUCUAUGCUUGGGCAUGCCCAUGACCUUUUUUGUCCCACACUCUGGCCUGGCUAAUAGAAAAGGGUUCUGAAUCUGGAUCCCCCUCCCCGUUACAUUGGGAUUACAUUAUAGGGCACUUAGAGGUCAUCGGGCUUAGAAGACAUAGAAAGUGUCGGCAGAUAGGAACCAUUUUGCCCAUCUAGUCUGACAGCAAUAUUAAAACUAUAUAUUCCAAAGAUGUCUAGUUGGCUUAAAAGAAUCUUUUGCCAUUGGCUUGUUCAUCCUCCUGUUACGGUUAGAUUACUGAGAGGUUUUAUGAAGUUUUUUCGAUCCCAUGUGGUUUCACAUAAUGGCAACAAGCAAAAUAUUUCUAUUACCCUCAUACUUAUAAUCAUCAUUGAGAUAAAGUUAACAGUUGGGAACGAUGGGUCUAACUACACCAUCAGCCUCCUACAUCAUACCUAAUCCCAGGACAAGGUGGAAAAAAAGCAUGAAAAAUUCAUGUCCCUCCCAACUUUUGAAUAAAUAUAUAUAAUGUUUUUUAUGUUUUUUUUUUUUUUUUUUUAAGAAUUGCCAGAGCUCCACCAAUUUAAACAUGCAAUUGUCAAAGGCCUUUUUUUUUUUUUUCUUUGUACAAUGGGAAUGGAUACUGUCCAAAAUUUCUUUUCUUCUGGUAUCCUUUUCUGUUUUUAGGAGGAGGAACAGAAAGUAGAAGACUCUACUGUGAAAGACCCUUAUCAUGCUUGAAGAAGGUGCCUUUACUCUCUGCAAGCACAAUUUUAACUCAUUAUGUUUCUAUUUCCAUUGAGUCUGCAAUUUAAUUCCAGAAUUAGCCAGUUGCUAAAAUUUAUUUUUGGAUGCGCAUUGAUAUGUAAUAAACAAUAACUUUUGUUUGUCCGUUUCACCCCUCCCCAAUAUGUUUUAUUUUUAUUAUUAAUGGCUUAUUAUUGAUUGGUUAUUAUGUUUUAAAUAAAAAGGAUUUUUGGUUUUCAUUACAUUCAGGAAAUAAUGGUUUAUUCAGCACAUUGGAUGGGAGAUUUGGACCAAAUCUUCAAGCUUCCCGAUCAGCUUGCAUGUUAAUGUUGCUAUUAUGGACUGAAAUCUUUUUCUGCAGCAGAUGUAUUGUCUUAACUGUGACACUGCAUUACAAAUGAAAACUACUUGACUAAGGCUCAAACUUGGACAUUGUAUUGUAUUUCUUGUUGAUCAGGUAGUCUGUGUAAUGCGAAUGAAGAUAUCCAGAACAUCGAGACAGCUUUGGAAAAUCUGAGAGAUGCUCAGUUUUGGCAUUUUGUAAAACAACCCAACCAUUCACCCGUUUGUAAAUUUAUUUUUUUUAUAGAUAUGAAAUAAAUAUGU